AUGGGUUCUUCGGUGAGAGAUCCAACUCUUGAUUUUCACAAACUCGAAAAAUUCGAGGGCAUGGCUUUCCGGCGGUGGCAAAAGAAGAUGAAAUUUCUUCUUAAUACGUUGCACGUGGCAUAUGUCAUCAGCACUCCACGACCGGAGGAGAAUGAAGAGGAGACGCUCGCUCAAGCACGCACGAGGAACAAGUGGGACAAUGACAAUUAUGUGUGCUGCGGACACAUAUUGAACGGUAUGUCCGAUGCCCUUUUUGAUGUGUAUCAAAAUAUAGAGACUGCAAAAGAAUUGUGGUCCAAAUUGGAAGAGAAAUACAUGUCGGAAGAUGCCUCGAGUAAGAGGUUUCUUGUAAGCGAGUUUAACGCUUACAAGAUGGUGGACGCAAGACCGGUUAUGGAGCAAUUUCAUGAGCUCCAGAGGAUCUUGAGUAGUUUCACUCAACAUGAGUUGAAAAUGGAUGAAACCAUUAUGGUUUCUUCUAUUGUUGACAAGCUACCACCGUCUUGGAAGGACGUUAAGCGUUCCUUGAAGCAUAGGAAGGAAGAUAUGACCCUUGAGCAAUUGGGAUCACAUCUUCGGAUUGAGGAGAACUUUCGAAUGCAUGACAAAAAAAGACACACAUGUUUCUUCGUCUACUACGGUUCAUGUGGUGGAGGAAGAGAAGAAACGGGGCCAAAAGAGGCCAAACAAAUCCCCAAAAGGCCACUCAAACAAAAGGCCUAA